AUGACAGGCCGUGGUAAGGGAGGCAAAGGACUUGGUAAGGGAGGCGCCAAACGUCAUCGUAAAGUUUUGCGUGACAACAUUCAAGGUAUUACUAAGCCUGCCAUUCGUCGUCUUGCACGUCGUGGCGGUGUAAAACGUAUUUCGGGUCUCAUCUACGAAGAAACCCGUGGUGUCUUGAAAGUUUUCCUUGAGAAUGUCAUUCGCGAUGCGGUUACUUACACCGAACAUGCUAAACGCAAAACCGUCACAGCAAUGGAUGUGGUGUACGCUCUGAAACGUCAGGGCCGUACUCUUUACGGUUUUGGUGGUUGA